AUGGCAUCCAACCUGAUCUUCGCCCAUCCGUGUUUCUUUCAUUCAGUCUACGCGCGAUGCUCGCCGACGUCCACUCGUUUCCUCGACAAUUUGCCUUGGUUUAAUUGUUAUGCAUUUCUUCCACUCAAACAGAUUCACAGCAUGGAAUGUUUCUCUGAAACAACGUCUUCCACCGACUCGUCCUGCAAAUCAUCAUCGCGAAUCCGAUAUGUUCCUGGAACCCCAAAGCCUCCAAUAGAGCCUCCUCGAAGACGCUCUUCUCUGUUCUUCGCCAGAGUUUUACAGCAUAAUUGCUCUCCAAUCACCCCUAGUCCAAGCCCCACUGCUGACGAAAAGGCCAUGUUUGGGAAGAACACUCCACCGAACAAUCAUGACCUCCUAGUAGGAUGUUCGCCGGCAGAGAAGUCGCUCACAACCCCUGGCCAUGUGGCACAGAUGCAAAAGUUGUUCCAGUCCGCCAAAGCCUCAUUGAGAAUGGAUAUUCGAUUUGCCGCAUCACCUGCUGGCUCCAUUGACUCUAGAAUUCCUACAAGUUCUACCAAGCCUGCGUCUUCCCCGGAUGGCAGCCCGCCAAUCCCUGACACCAACUCCAAAAGCUGGAGGUAUUCCACUGCACCCAAAUUUUUGGCUGAAGUUGAGCUUGACGUCAGAGAGCCAUUUCCUCAAGUAUCUCCCCAGCUUCCAGACUUGCCUGAUAGCGAUCUAGACCAAGCAGAAGGUCUCGCAAGCGAACCACUCAGCAGUGGUUUCACCUCUCCAACAUGUCGACGAAUGAUGCUAAAUAAAAGCUAUGACUCGGAACAGAGUCGUAGCAGAGCCACCCUUGAUACUAAUGCCAGUCCUGAAAGCUCCGCCAUUAGCUUAGAUGCAGCCUUCGACCAGAGCAACCUGGAUGGCCACCGAUUUCAAAAUUCCUAUUUUCCAGAGGACCUAACCAAACCCAUGACAACUCUUCGUGUCACAAACGAGCGAGAACUGGACGUGGAUAGUGGCGACAACUCUCCAAUCAUCAUGCACCAGCAACGGAAAUCGGGUGGUAUACAUGGGCAAUCGUCGUUGGUGGUCAAUGGCUCGGACGACUCAAUUACCCUGUCUGCCCCUGCCAAAGCCGCUGCGACUUCAGCAAAGGCGAAAAGAGGCAUUCUAAGUGGUCUAUUUGCCGACCCAUCGGUUGGUAAGCGCAGUCCUGCGUCAAUGUCAUAUGAAAGGCAGGACACAACGACUUUAGACAGUGCAGGGUGUCCAGACCCAUCCGUUCAUUUGCACAGUCAGCUGGUGUUAUGUCCGGAGCCGGGCCUUCACUUUGCCAGCUCCUUCACACCAGCAAAAUGUGCCCGUUUUGAUGGUAGAGGAGGUCCUGCGGCGAUGGUUAUUGAUCCAAACAACAAUCCUCGCUACCCAAGCCUUGGUGUAUCGCAACCACGGGUGACGGCCAACGGCAGCCCUACGCCGGCGUUCAAAGUCAAGUCAACAACAUCACCCGACGGGCUAAGACGUCAGUCUCAUGACUCGUGGUAUUCGAGCCCUCCGCUUCCAGGGUCUCGACAAUACCACAAUCGACCCGGAAGUUCGAAACGAUUUUACACCUCAACCGCAAAUGAACACUUCCAACCAGGUUGGUACUAUGCUCGCGAAAAUCGAAACGAAUCAAAACCACCUGGCCAAGCCAUGUACUCGUUUUCGACCGCAGCCGCCAAAAGGGUAGGCCGUGACCCAGCCCCAGCGUCAAGAAUCCGGGAUGCCUAUAGAACUGAUACGUUGACCCCGCUGGCAAAGCCGCCGAGUAGAUACAAGAAGCACGGCAUCAUUGCUCUUGCCAAUUCACGGGGCGUGGGAAAAUAUUAUGGUAGGUCGGCUUAUACUGCACAAACAUGCCAAGUGGCGUCCAGUGGUCCGCGAUUUUCUGAGGAUGUAAGAUUCAGAAGCAGUCCCCCAAAUUCGAUAGUGGAUCCUUCAGAAUUUUCCCAGGUCAGGAAGCGAGGUCGUGGAGCAGAAACGAGUCCCAUCGAUAUGGUUCGAGAAUCAGUGAUCAACGAGGAUGAAGAAGAUGCCAAUCACGAUCUGAUGUUGGAAGAAGGAGAGGAAGUCAUGGAAGUGGACGAAGAGACACAAGCCGCAGUAAGGAUGAGCCUGUAUGGUGACCCGGGGCGCGGUGGAAUGGUGAAGCCGUUGAAUUCAAACGUGACAUCAUGGAGAAAAGGCCGUGGGCGGGAUGGAUCGAGAAAGAAGCGGCGACCAAGCUACUGGGAUGGAGAUUUGAAAGAGAUAGUUCGAAGUCCAGCGGCGCGGCAUAUUGUCAGUUCGCCCAUACGAAAAGAUGAUGUGAAGUCACAACAAGCCGAGGUAGAGUGGCACGAUUAA